GCGGGCCGUGACUUCGCCAUCCUAGGGAAAAAAAUCGUUGUACUGUAGCUUUAGCUUGUAGCUAGCUUUAGCCUGUAGCUCGGCUGUCGGUGUUUGAUGUCAGUUGGAGAAGCGGAACGAUGCUCGUUGUGUGACGGCCGGACUGCAGGCACAGACUGGGUGUAAAUCACACUGGACCGCUCUGGAAUGAGCAGGAGGUGGGCGGGGCCUACAGGUAGACCACACCUGGUAGAGUGACGUCACCAAGUGCCGCAGUGAUUUGGACCAAGCACCAGCAGUAACAAGCACCAUGGUGACCAAGAAAAUUCGUACAGAAUACAUGAAAAAGUUCAGGGAUCCCAAAUGGGAGACGUUUUCCAAAUGCUACGAGGACUCGCUGAAGUACCGUCUGACCCGGCGGGUGAUGGAGCAUUCCCACAAGCCCUGGUUCUGGGAGGGCUGGGACAGCAGCUCUGACUCCAGCGGCUGGUCCACGCCGAGGCUGACCAGGAACAAAGUCGUCCCUCUGUCCGUCUCGCUGCAGCCACCGCCGUCCUCAGAGGUCAAACAGAAGACGUGGGAGCUGAAGUCCAGCUCUGGGCCCAAACCGCCUACUGAGGACGGAGAGGCUGAAGCGGGAGCUGCAGAAGAAGCAGCUGUAGACGCUGCACCGACCACAGGUGCCGUUAUAGAAAACGAUGUAAACGAAGCCGGCGGUAGUUCGGCGGCGGCGACGGCGGCUCCGAACACCAGCAGACCCUCAGAUGACACGGCGACAGACGACGGCCCAGCCGACGCGUCGUCUUCUGACGGGGAGCCGGUAAACCCGGCACCGAAACGACGUCACCGCCGCCGCACUCCUCGCUCUGAGCCGGGACACCGGGACAGUUCCCAUGACAACAAACCGGCUGCUGUUCGCAAACCGCCGAGAGCGAAGAGCCAACCGCCAUCCAGCUCCAAGGAGAAGGAGAACUGGCGGCCGACCAGCCAACCGGACUGGACUGAGAGACAGAUGGAGGUCAGGCGGACGCCGAAUGACAGCCACACGGCCGACGCCUGCGUUCAGACCCGGCGCGAGUCCGACAAGCGGAGCUCCAACCUGGACCGGCGGCGUGCGCGGUCAGCUGACCUGGAGAAGCUGAGGCGGUCGCAACUGACGGUGGCGGACGACCGCUGGAUGACGGAGUACAUGCGCUGCUUCUCCGCCCGGCUGAGGUAGAAGCAGCCGAGAUUCCUCCUCAACCUCCCGAAAACCACCACGUCUCCUUAUCGGAGAGCGAAUGUCAGAAGUUUGUUUGUUUAGUCGAAACAACAAGACAGACUGAGAGCCGCGUUGUCUCGUUACAGUCCAUCAUCACCCAUUUUUAGGCUGUUUAUCAAUCAAUGAAGUCAAAAAGAGCUGCCGAUACAGAGUAUAUUUUUUACCUUAAAUGAAUUUACAUCAAACGUACAAAGAAACAUAAAUCUCUUAGAAAACUUGAGCAUCAAAUAAUUUCACUUUUAUUUAGUCAACUCCUUUUACUAUAAUAUCCUUAUUUAGAAGGCUUCCUCAUCUCCAUCAGGGAGAAAACAUUAAGCAUCAUAGUUGCUGAAUUGAUCCAAAAAUGAUCCAUUUCCUAAAGUGAAUUAAUUGAAGAUGCUCUGUGGAGUUUUUGUGAGUAUUUACAUGAACAAACAAAACAGAGACUCACACAUUAAAACAUUGCUUCAAAGCUUUGCAAGCAUCCAAAAUCUCUACAUGGGACCUUUUUUAAAACUGCUGAAUUCAUCCCUACAAAAUCUGAAAGCUCAUCGUCAUUGCUGAGAAAGUGUCUGAUGAUUCAACCAGAAAUGUUUUAUAUCCUUUUGCAGAGUUGGAAAUACUCCCGAAACAGCUUCUCGACUAACAUCAUCUAUGCAAAAAAAAACCACUUAAACUUUUAGAAACCCGCCCACGUCUUUAACCUUUAUAGCUCAGCACACAUUAUGUUCAUUAUGAUGACGUAACGAGACGACCGGAACGGCUCUGUCUUGGUGCUUCGGUGUCCUGUGAGGCUGAAUCGUUGCUGUUGAGGGGAAAAAAAAAACACGUUUUUUGUUUGUUUAAUUACAUUUUUACAGGCCUUUUAUUCUUUAAUCGGUUUAAUUUAAAGACAUUCAGCUUGUGUCCCACACCAACGUUUAAACAAGGUCAAAGUCAGAGGGUUGAUUGGUCAUUUCUAUACGGUGCACAUUACCAAAGGACAAAACUUAACACUUAUUUUUCUGAUGUGUUUUCACCCGACAGCAGCGACAGAGUACUUCAGAACAGUUUAUAAAAUACAAACUGAUGGGAUUUAACUCUUUCUAAGUUUUUAUAUACAUAAAAAAAUAACAUCCAGAUCACAUAUUUCACUAUUUGAAUGUAUUUGAUUUCUGAGCAUGAAAGUCUCCAAACACACGGCUGUGCUUUACUUUAGCUGAUAAACUUUCUGACACUUUU